UCUCUCAGCUAUCCUUUUCCAUUUCCCCACUUAUCCCUUCCAAAUCCUACCCUUAUUUUCACUUAUCCCACCUUAAAAUCCAAUUUAUCCCUCGUAUCUCUCACUUAUCCCAACCGAAUACCCAACUUGGCCUUCAACAUAUCCCUCCAACUUAUCCUUCUUUUUGGCGUCCCUAAGCUUACUUUUUAUUCCCAACUCGAAUUUUUAAAAAAUUUUCAACCCUCCAAUAUACUCCCCCUUCAUAAAAUUUUAUUUAUUGCUUUCUUAUGCAAUUAAUCAUUUAUAAAUUUAUUUUCUGUUUGUCCAAGAAAAAUGGACAAUUGUAAAGUAAAUUAUGUUCUCUCUUAAAUUAAUUUUUACUUUUAGCACUAGUAGUCUUUCAAACCCUUGUAGAAAACUUCCAUUGCUUUACCCCCUCUCUAUUUUUUACUCUUUCCCAAGCUUUUCUGGCCUUACCUUAAAUUUUGUUUUACUAAAAGACUGCCUUUUCCGAAUGACUAUAGGGUCCACAAUAUCGAAAAACAAAAAAAUCAACACCCAACUGAUCAUCGCGGUGAUAAGAGUAUACGAAAACUAAUGGGGGUACAGACCAAAAGGGCGCGCGGCCAUAACGGCGUAUAGCCAUACCUAGCUGGAAAAUUACUGGCCCUUGCCAUCUUUGGUACCAAUCUCUUUAGCUCAAUGAUUUGAAUCGUUUAAUAUUAAAUUUGAUAGGAUUCGUGAAUCUUCAAGCAAGCUAUGGCUUUGCGCUGUUAUGACCGCGUGCCGUUUUGGGCGUGCCUCAUCCUAUGUAUGGAGUGAUCUACUAUCAAAUCUCGUUCCAUCUAUCUCAAAGCAAGACUCCUUUGAUAAUAACCUUUUUUAUAGUCGAUCAGCGAGCUAAGGAAAUAUUUAUAUACCUACAGAACUGCCCAUAUAACGAUUGACCUUUUGGGUAUAUUUUAAAAACUGACCGGCUGCCUAUCAUCUUGUUUGUUUUUAUUCUGUCCUGUCUACAAACAAAACACUCUUUAUUGCCUAAUCUGAAACGCAAAUAAAAACAAAAGAGGCUUCUACAGACUAAAAAUAAUAUUUGCUUUUUCCUCCUAGUUGGACUAUA